AUGCUUUAUUGUAACGGAAAUCCAGAUAAUAACGUUAAAUUAUAUCUUUAUAAUAAAAAUUUGCUCAGAAAAGCAACUCUUUUAAGUCAAACUUUAACUGAUACUAAUGGUAAUUUUGAAUUGAUGGGAAACAAACCAUUGCAUAGACAAAUGAGACCAUUUAUAUUACUACAACAUUAUUGUAAUGAAAGAGAUUUUCGAUGUAAAAUUAUGGCAAUGUUAUCAAUUCCAACACAAAACGUUUACAGAGGAACAACAAUUGUGAAACCUCUAGAAAUGGGUUAUGUUGAAUUAGUUAGUAUUCGUAAUCAAAAAAAAAUAUGUGUACCAAGAAACCUCAGUUUUAGGAAAAGAACAAAAAGGGAAUAA